GCAUUUUUAAUAUUAGUAAAAUGCAGCACCUUUCAUGAUAAAAAGGGUAGGUUGGUUUUCCGCAAAUGGCAACCAGAAAACAAAGAGUAUGAAAUGGCAACUGGCAAUACUUCAAUUAAGAUAAAUUUAAUGUCAACGUCAAGUCAAGAUCAAAACAAGGCGCGUGAGGCACGCGGGCAGUUGAUCUAGUGCUCGAACACAACUAGUGCUCGCUGGCGGAUGCAAAGCCUAAAAAAAAUAGUAGUUCAGCAAUACAUCCGGUUUUGGACGGCGUCGCGAGGCCGUCCGAGCACGAAGAGGCGGCGAGGCCGAGCACCGCGGCCCCGUGCUCCGGUGUGAGCCGGUUUUUGGCUGACGAUCGCCCAGCGCCUGGCCUGCACCACGCCGACAUGAAGCCACACGACGACGGAAUCAACGGACAUGAGAGCGGCGGCAGCGCGGCCAGCGGCGGCGCGCGCUCCGACGACAGCGAGGGGGAGGAGGCCGCGCUGGAGGAGGAGCUGUCGCUCGUGGACGAGGCGGCGCCGGCGCGCGUCUUGGCCGCGCUCAACGCUCUGCGCAAGGCGCGCCAGCACUACGACGUGCUCCUAGCGGCGGGCGCGGGCGGCGCGGGAGAGGAGGUGGCCGCGCACCGCGCCGUGCUCGCCGCCGUGUCCCCGCGCCUGCUCGCAGCCCUGCCCGCCACGCCGCCCGCCGCAGCGCCGGCCGCGCCCGCCCUGCGCCUGCCCGACGUCGACGCCGAGGCCCUGCGCGAGUUGGUCGAGUACGCGUACACGGGCCGCCUGCGAGUGCGCGACGCGGCGGGAGCGCGCCGCCUGUACCGAGCGGCGGCGCGAUUGCGCGUGGAGACUGCGCGCGCGCACCUCGCCGAGCGCCUGGUGCGACGUCCGGCGCCGCAUGACGCGCUGGCCGUGCGCGCGCUGCCCGAUCUGCAGCGCCACCACCGCGCCGCGCUCGACGCCUACAUCGCAGAGCACUUUGACGAGAUAUGUGCGUGCGGCGCGCUGGCGGCGUUGCCGCUCAUCCACAUCGAGAUGCUGCGCGAGACGAGUGCGGAGCGCGGGCAGGAGGCGCCCGCGGCCGUGGCCGGCGCCGCGCUCACCUGGCUGCGCGACCAGCUCGCCGCCGGCACGCACCUAGAAGAUUUAUGCUCGCGGCCGCAUCUUCUGUUCGUGGACGCGGAGGGCGCGCUGCGAGACUGCGGCGAGUUGCCGGCCAGUGGCGGCGACGCGCCCGAGCUGCACGAGUACCGGCGCGAGGCGGCCGAGCGCGAGCGCGGCGUGCGGCGCCGGGCCGCGGAGCGCGAGCGCGCCCAGCCCCCCGCGCCCCCCGCACACUCCCCCGACGACCGCGCAGACGACGACACCGGCGUGCUGGCGGCGCGCGCGGCUCCCGGCGCCGGCGUCACGCGCGCUCUGCUCGCGCUCAAGGGCAAGCUGGCCGCGGCGCGCAUCGCCUGGCGCACCGGCAGCGGCAGCUCGGCGCGCGGCGGCCGACUGGGCGGCGCCGUGGAGCCCGGGGACGCGCCGCGCCUCGCGCCCAUGUCGGUGCCGCGGUGCGCGCUGGGCGCGGCCGAGCUCGGCGGCCGGCUGCUGGUGUGCGGCGGGUACGACCGUGCGCGCGUGCUGCGCUGCGCGGAGGCGUACGACCCCGACACGAACACGUGGACGGCGCUGCCCGACAUGCGCAGCGCGCGCGGCCGCUUCCCCGCCGCGGUGCUGGGCGGCGCGCUGUACGCGCUGGGCGGCAGCGACGGCCACGCGGAGCUGGACUCGGUGGACGCGUUCGGCGGCGGCGCGUGGGAGCGGCGCGCGCGGCUGCCGCUGGCGCGCUCGCACGCCGCCGCCGCCGCGGACGAGGAGGCCGGCGUGCUGUACGUGGCGGGGGGCUGGGCGGCGGGCCGCUGUCUGCGCCAGGUGCACCGCUACUCGCCCCUCACCGACACAUGGACGGAGGCGCCGCCGCUCAACACCGGACGGUCGCAGUGCGCGGGCGUGAUGUGGCAGGGCGAGCCGUGGGUGCUGGGCGGAUGCGACGCGUGGCACUGCCUGGCCGGCACGGAGCGGCUGCGCGCGGGCGGGUGGGCGCCGGGCCCCGCGCUGCCCACUGCGCGCCGCUCGGUGGGCGGGGCGGUGUGGCGCGGCAGACUGGUCGCCGCCGGCGGCUCCUCGGGCGGCGCCUCGCUGCGCACCACCGCCUGGCUGGAGCCCGACGCGCUCGCCUGGCGGGAGGGGCCGCUGCUGCGCGAGGCGCGCGCGGCGCCGGCGCUGUGCGUGGUGCGCGACGUGCUGUACUGCGCGGGCGGCUUCAGCGGGCAGGAGUUCCUGGCGAGCGUGGAGUGCCUGCUGGAGCCCGACGGCUGCUGGACGGCGCUGUGGGUGCCGCACUCCCCCGCCGCGCCCGCACCGGCCACUCAAAUCUUGGAGGAACAAAUUCUUGAAAACCACGAGUCCGUCGUCGUGAACGGGAGCCACGAUGUUGAGUUGGAGCGAGAGGACGAGAUGGGUGCGCGCUGCGAGAGCGAGCGGGACGGCGCUCUCGCCAAGAAGAGUGCGAGCGAGAGAGGCGGCGCGCUGGAGCGAGACGGCGAGAGCGGCGCGGUGGGCGGGGCGUGA